AUUUGUUGGAAAUUUGAAUUAAGUCUUUCAAUCUAGUGCUCUGAAUUGAUUCUAAAUGCUCAUGACUGGCAUAUUUCUUAUGGAGCUGACUGCAGACAGUGAAGUGUGUAGAUUAUUUCCAAGCAGAGGAUGGACCUAGAGAGUGGCAACACACGCAUUUCCACAAAGUGGAUACAAACACUGGACAACUCAUUGAUAUUGCGAUGCUUAGAAGUUAAACACAAAGAGCCAGAGGAACCCCCGUUAUCUGUUUUGCACGUUCAGUAUCCUGAAUGGCCUGAUCAUGGAGUUCCGAUAGACACUCUUGUUGUUCGUGAAAUCUAUAAGAGAAUAUCUAAUGUCCCGCCCAAUCUCGGGCCUAUUGUUGUUCACUGCAGCGCUGGUAUUGGUAGGACUGAAACAUAUUGCGUUAUCCACAAUACAAUCCAGAGGGUUCUUAUGGGUGACAUGACUGCUUUGGACCUUGUUAAUACCAUAACCACUUUUAGGUCACAGCGUAUUGGAAUGGUGCAAACUAUCGAGCAGUACUUGUUCUGCUAUGAUGCAAUUAUCGAUGAACUCGAAGACCUCACUACAAAUGGCGAGACUCAGGGCAGUUUAUAAGGAUAUUAUUCUCCAUUUGUAUUAUUAGUAUACAGAAAUGUAAUUCAUUCAAGUCUCCUCUUUACUAGAAUUUGGAGAAAAGGCAUUCUCUGAUUCAAUCACGAUUCUUUAGGAGCCGUGACAGCUAAGAGUAAUGGUAUUUUCGGAUUUAUGAUUGAUGCUCAAAUUGUGUAAAUUGAUGAAAGUUCUCUUAAAAAAUUGGAAUCUUUUGAUGGCGAUGGUUGUCGAUGUUCAUGCCUUGAUGCUGAACUCGAAAUUGUUGAUCGUGUUUUUCCCAUUGUAUUUACAUCAUGUAGUGUUCCUGAAUGCUAG